AUGGGGCUACAUGAGCCUAUGCCAAACCCAGAACCUAGUAACGCCCCGCCAAGGCCUCCGACGUACGAGGAGCUCGCAGAAAGCUGGAGCCAACUUAAUGCAACGAAUAAUCUACUCCGACGAAACCUAGACCAAAUGGCUACAAGACUUAAGGACGCUGAAGGCGUACGAGAAGAACUCCAAGAGAUGAAAGCCCUUUUCCUCCGUACGGCACAGGGGCAAGCUACCCCUAACGCACAGACUCCUAAUCUCACGCCGAGUAUGGAAAGUCAGCAACCUCCUAGCCAGCCUCUGGCUACGCCUACGCCCGUACAAGAGUUUGGAAAAGCUAGACUCCCUGAUGUUAGAAUCUUCGAGAAAGGCUCACACGAAGAAUACACGCAGUGGAAGAUGCAGAUCC